CCCUUUAAGACUGUCAGAGCCGGGGAGGCCGGCCAAGCCUGGGCUGGAGGUGGGGACAGAGGGAAGAAAGGGAAAAAAGAGAGAGAGAGAGGCAGGAAAAGUUUUUUUCAGAGGAAAAUGCAGGGUUUGUCCCUACCCCUGACGUCAGAUCUUGCUUUAAUAAAACCCCCCGAGGGCUGCGGGAAGAGCCGUAGCUGGUGCUCCUGAUGGGCUGGCCAGUCUCAGCCCAGCCGGCCCGAGAGGUGGCGGGUCUUCUGGGCUCUCGGUCGAUGCCGUUGCCGCUGACUUCCAGGCAUGAGGUGGUUCCUGCCCUGGACGCUGGCAGUAGUGACCGCAGCAGCCGCCGCGGGCAGCGCCCUGGCCACGGCCCCGUCUCCAGCCCCCACGGCCAUGGCCUUCACCCCGGCGCCCCCGGAGGACACGUCGUCACGCCCCCAAUUCUGCAAGUGGCCGUGCGAGUGCCCGCCGUCCCCACCCCGCUGCCCGCUGGGGGUCAGCCUCGUCACCGACGGCUGCGAGUGCUGUAAGGUGUGCGCCCAGCAGCUGGGGGACAACUGCACGGAGGCCGCCACCUGCGACCCCCACCGGGGCCUCUACUGCGACUACAGCGGGGACCGCCCGAGGUACGCAAUAGGAGUGUGUGCACAGCUGGUCGGCGUGGGCUGCGUCCUGGACGGGGUGCGCUACAACAACGGCCAGUCCUUCCAGCCCAACUGCAAGUUCAACUGCACGUGUGUGGACGGCGCGGUGGGCUGCACACCGCUGUGCCUCCGAGUGCGCCCCCCGCGCCUCUGGUGCCACCACCCACGGCGGGUCAGCCUGCCCGGCCGCUGCUGUGAGCAGUGGGUGUGCGACGAUGAGGCCAGGAGGCUGCGCAAGACAGCACCACGCCACACGGGAGCCCUAGUGGCUGAGGGUGAGCUGGAGCCCUGGCACAGGAACUGCGUGGCCCACGUGAGCCCCUGGAGCCCCUGUUCCACCAGCUGCGGCCUGGGCAUCUCCACGCGGGUCUCCAACGCCAACGCCCACUGCCGGCCCGAGCAGGAGAGCCGCCUCUGCAACCUGCGGCCCUGUGACGUGGACAUCCGUCCCCUCAUCAAGGAAGGGAAGAAGUGUCUGGCCGUGCACCAGCCAGAGGUGCCCAUGAACUUCACCCUCGCCGGCUGCGUCAGCACACGUGUCUACCGGCCCAAGUACUGCGGGGUCUGCACGGACAACAGGUGCUGCAUCCCCUACAAGUCCAAGACCAUCAGCGUCUCCUUCCAGUGCCCCGACGGGCCUGGCUUCUCCCGCCAGGUGCUCUGGAUUAACGCCUGCUUCUGCAACCUGACCUGUCGGAACCCCAACGACAUCUUUGCUGAUUUGGACUUCUACCCCGACUUCGCAGAGAUCGCCAACUAGGCGGGCACCCAACACAGCGCUCGGGCCCGGCCCAGUGCUGGCAAAGCAGCCAGUCCCCGGGGCCCCCCCAUUGAGCCUGCUCUCAUCCACUUCCCAUUCAUUUCUAAUGACCCUGACCCAGACCUGAGACCCCUUUCCUGCCUCUGACCACCCAGAUGACACACCGUGCUGCUGCUCAGGCCCAGACUGCGCACUCCGUCCUUGCCCGCGUUCCGCACACGCUCCGGAGGAGGUGCCUGUCUCCGCCUGUCGUGGACAAGACCGUGGAGGCCUGAUCCGGCCUGUGCAAGACACGGGGUGGGGGUGGGGGGGUCCUCCUGAGUCCCGAGGGGCCGGAUCAGCUGGACAUUGAGUGUCACUGAUUCCCUCUCGAGAUGCCAACCACAAGACUCCUCGGGUCCAUUCAGAGGGUGGGUGGGCUCACGUUCAAUGGGACAGCCUACUACUGGGGCCCCGCCGAGAGGCGCCGUGACACACAGUGCUGACUCAGAGCACAGCGCACCGAAGCACCACCUCUGGUUCCAGAGGUCUGUGUGCCACAGGGCCACCCAGCACUCGCCAUGUGAGGUGAAUGGUUGUUUGGCUUCGAUUUCUCAUGACACACCGUGUCUAUUCAUCCGGGCAUCAUUGAGGCACUGAGUUUCCCUCCGUCCCUGCGCUGAGAAGGGUGCAUGGGUUUGUUCUGGUUGGAAAUGCCACUUGAUAAAGUUCGUUCUUGUUCGUGGGACAGUCCCCAGUCACCACUGCAGGGCAGGGCGAGGGCAGUCGGCUUUCAGAAGGAGCGAGGACCCUGCUGCUGUCCACCGGGACACCAGGGGUUGGCCAGACUCCUCAAAUCCAGACCCUCGCCCAGCUUGGGGGCUCACGGGAGUCGGCAGGGCCCCUGGGAUGGCCUGUCUGACCCCUGAGAGUGGGGUCCUGAGGCAUUUUUCUGCACUUACGGAGCCUCAGCCGCAAUCUAGGCCAGAGCCUCCCAAAAUGACUCAGAGCCCCAGCUGGGUGGGGGUCAAACCAAGCCGUGGGGCCCGUCUGCACCGGCCUGGGUGGCAGGGGUCAUGGGGCCCAAGAUACAACAUCUCCUUCCACUGCAGUGGCCCCUUUUAUAGACUGGGGCCUGCUGACCCAAACACCCCAGUUCUGGAGUAAAGAUAGCAGGCUCCUAGUUGUGUAGGAACAGAAACCUACUUAGCAGGGAGUGAAAGCCAGAGGAAGGGGUUGGCGCUAACAAGAAGAGAAGGUUCUCGCUAGUGUGGAUGAGGCGAGCAUUUAUUGUAUUAGUACAAUGUAAGUGCUCACUGUUCCUGUUCUUUCAUGCAGCACCAUCCACGUGCCCUGUUCGCACUGCUUUCCGUGCACCAGCUCGUGGACACUUCGGGGUCAUGUUGAAAAGUGCCCACUCUCGUUUCUGUUCUCACAAAUGUGAACUGGGGGGCUCAGCAAGGUGGGGGAAUUGGGCCAAGGUCACCCACCGGGUAAGAGGGGGAGUCAGGAUUCCAAUGCAAGCUGGGCGGCUGACUCCUCAAGCCGUCGUUUUUCCUGAUAUUCAGAGCUUGCAAACGUGCCUGAGCAGGGAAGCAGGUUAAAGUCAGUGACUUCUUCGCUCGUCUUUGCUGCCUCUCUAGGCCCAGCUACAAGAAUCUGAUGACGUUCAGAGCAAGCAGGUGCCUGGGUGUCCAAUCACAUAUGGGGUGGGGUGGGGGGACCGAAAUCCGUGGGUCCCCAUAGAUCGUCCCCUCCUUCCCGUCAGGGCCCGUGCUCACCGGGCACCUGGACACGGGUUCGUUCGCCCACGCUGCAUGCUGGACAGCGUGCAGUAAGGGAGUUCUGUGCAGUGUGCAGAGGGGCCCCCCUGGACAGGAACAGAGAACCACACCGUGUCCUCCAUCCUGCAGCCUCCCGAACGCUCGGCCCGAUGCAAGGCAUGCCGUGGGUUCCACGACUGAAGGAGACUGGGGGUGUGACCUCCUGCGUUCAUUCAGAAGCUCCCUUCUUGCCUAGGUGUGCGACCAGCUCAUUUUUGUCAGCUGGGUCUCACUUUACAUGCCAUAGGAAAAGAGGCACUGAGUAGUUCAAGAACCAUGUCUUUUACUGGAAAAAAAAAUUCUAUGGGACGAGAACUUUCCCCAGGAGUAAUCUCUCCUGUGAGCCCGUGGGGCCGCUGGGCUUUUCUAAGGAUGAAACCACCAGCCAUCUGCGAAUGACAGGGACCAGAUGACAGCCAGUCCCCUUUGGAGCUCAGCAGAAACCCGAGAGCCAGGUUCUCGCUGAAUCGACAGCCCAACCUGGGAAACGAAGCAUGAUCUUCCAGGACCUUGGAAAACCUGGUUGGAGGAGCUGGGGAUCACACUGGGAAUGGGCGGGAAGGGCUCGGGGGCAGGGUUGGAAUGCUCCAGUUACUGUUUUGAGAAAUGGACCCGCCCUCUGCGGGACCACGUUGGGAAGGUCUCGGGUCCACGUGGGGCCAGUAGGAAAGCAGCAGGAAGUAGCCUGCAGUGGUGCGACCUACUUCCACACAAGAAUAACAAUCACAACAGCAGACAUGCCCCUUUAUUGACUGAUUACUUGGUGCUAAGUACUCUGCUAAGGUUUUAUGAUUUUACUGGUUAUCACAGCAGUUUGAGUAAGUUUUUCUUCCCCACUUUAUAAAUGGACAAUCUGAGACUCAAAAGAGACCGAGAAAUCUGCCCUCAAACAGCGGAAACCGCAGUUCAUUCUGCUCUGCCUUGCCCUUGGAGGGGAGACUCCAGACAGAGGGUAAAUGACCCCUGUCGGAGGGUCACAGCGGCAAAGGAGAUCAAGUUCAUCAGACACGUGAUCCCUCCAGCCCCUGUAACUCCGUGUUCUAGGCCAAGGGAAAGGUAGACUAAAGGUCAGUGAGCCUCUGAUGAAGGAAUUCCUGUUGGUGCCUGGAGUGAACUGCUCUGCUGCGUUUAGAUGCGGGAGGGGGCGGGAGACCUGAAUUCGCCAAAUCCCUCAUUCUUGCUAAACCUGAUCAUAAGCAAGCAUUUGCGGAAUGCUUCCUGCAUGCCAGGCCUGUGCCAGGUGCUUUACCGCCAUAUCUUAUUGAAGAUAAGGCGUCAUUAUCAUAUCCCCAUUGUAGCGAUAAGGCAGCUGAGGUUCACAGGCGUUCAGCCCUUGCUCAAGGUCUCACCAGCUGCUGAGCUCCAGGCCACGGCUGCAAACCAAGGUCAGUCUGUUGUCUGAGCCACCCCUCCUGACGCUAAGCCCGGUUCGCUGGCCGCCCCAGACCACAAGGUACCAGAGAGGCUUUGCCAAUAAGAGCUGCAGUUUUAACUCAGCUGAGUCAGAGAGCGACCACAGGAAAGAGACUCAGAUGGCAUCAGUGUCUACAGUCCCACGAGCAGUGUGCCGUGUCUGUACAGGGAUUGCGGGGAAGCAACGUGGCCCGUGACUGUUGUGUUGAAUUAGGUCAUUGCUUUUGAAGGGCUUAGCUGGACCCAAAGUAACCCCAAUGCUAGCCCUGCACAGCUGGGACUCCCGGGUGGUCAGCAUCGGUCAUUUGUGUGCCUCCGCACACAUACGUGUGUGUCUGUAUAUAUGUAUGAUUACAUCUAUUUUCAAACUGUGACUUAAUAUUUAAGUAUUCCUCCAGCCGUUUCUGCGACUAAAAAAGCGCAUACCAAAAAAACCGUCUUGGAAUUUCCCAGUGGAGGGGAGAUGGCCCUUGGGCCAUCUGUCCUGACUUACUGCAUUCCUCAUCCCGCUCCUGAGCCCUGUUGUGUAAACAUGUUUGUUCAAUGUGAAGCAUCUUCAUCGCUCAGAUUCCCUGUUUAUAGCUUUUCUCCUUAAAGCAAUAAAUCACCAGCAAAGUGA